ACUCUCUGUGGUGACUCACAUCGGAAAAAGAAUUCUUCUCUGUUUAUCAGAGCCAUUCGGCCUUUUGCUUUCCUCAGCUGGUCGACGAUGGAAAUGGCAGCAGGAGUCGCUACAGGCUUAGAUGGCACCAUUCAUGGCACCAUAGUCAAUCUAGAGCCAUACACUCGUUACGCAGUCUAUGUAAAGACUUAUUCCCUCGCCUCUAGUGCUAAAGGUGGUCACUCAGAUGUUGUCUACGCUACUACCAGCCCCUACAAUCCGACGGAGCCAGUACACUUGGGGUGGGAAUCACCCAACAGUUCCUCGCUGGAGCUGUGGUGGGAGCCUCCUCGAAGACCAAAUGGACUGAUCGACCACUACCUGGUGACAGUCACCCUCUUGGUCGACACUCCAAGAAUACCGCCAGACCUGGAUUUCUGUAAUCAUGAAACAAGGGACUACGUCGACACCAAGAUGGUGGUCAUGGAUGACGUUGAGGGCAGAGAGACGGUAAGGGGAACUACACAGCCAUGGAAGGAGCCUCAGGGAAAGGCUGCAGGCGUGGGUAGUGAGGACUCGUGCAGUGUCACGCCAACUCCCACGCCUUCCUGCUGCCCCUGUCAGGACGCUGGUGCUGCUGACGAUCAGGAGGUGAUUGGCCAGAUAGGCUUUGAAGAUUUUAUCAUGGACAACGUGUACAUUAAGAAGAUCCAAAGAUCACGAAGAGCACCUCAUGGGAGCAUCCUUGGUGAUGAAGAGUUUGAGACUACACUUCGGACGGACCAGCUGCACUCCAAGAACACUCUCCUGAAGACAGUAGAGAGCAGAGUGCUGAAAACUGAUUACUCAUCCCUUGAGGAUCCCGCUAGUGAUGGAAUCUCCAGACUGCUGCCGGUUCCAAAUGAAAGCGAAAAGGAGUUUCCCUUCCACCAUGGACAGACAGUGCAUGAAUUUCCAUCCCACGCAGGAAUCCAAGCUGAUUACCAAGCCCACGAGGAAAACCUGACCCACUACGACAUUCAUCACCCACAACACAGUUGGGUUCUGGUGCGUCAGGUACACAUGACUCAGGUGCCCCACCUGAGUCUACAGCAACUACUCCACUACUCAGUGUACGUGGUAGAGGUGGUAGCCUGCCAUGGUGCUUCCAGAGUUCCAGUGCUGGAUCACCUUGGACGCCUCGCCCUCCUCUCCAAGUUGUGUUCCUCUCUCCCAGCUCGUGUAGCAGCUUACACCAGAGCCAACGGUUGGGUUCUGGUGCGUCAGGUACACAUGACUCAGGUGCCCCACCUGAGUCUACAGCAACUACUCCACUACUCAGUGUACGUGGUAGAGGUGGUAGCCUGCCAUGGUGCUUCCAGAGUUCCAGUGCUGGAUCACCUUGGACGCCUCGCCCUCCUCUCCAAGUUGUGUUCCUCUCUCCCAGCUCGUGUAGCAGCUUACACCAGAGCCAACGUUUUUGCCCAGGAUUUUGGAAGUCCUUCACAAGAGAUAUAUCGCGUCUACGACUGCCCGGCCAGGGAACUCUUGAGAAAACAUAAGGAUAAGUGGAACGAGCUAAGAAGCCUGGCCAUGGAGAGGUGCGUGAACGUGAAGGAAUUCGAGUCUCUGGGACGUAGAGUCAAGCUGCCUUACCUCUCGCCUGGUAAUUACUCAGUCAUGGUCAAAGUCCGCUCGAAAGCAAUGUAUGGAAAUUUCUCUGCACCAACUUUUUUUGUUAUAUCGGACGACUUACUGGAGACGGACGUCAACUUGUUAGUGACUUCGAUAGUUGUAAUGCUGGUGGGAACAAUACUGGGAGGGGCUGUGUGCUGGUGCUGGCGACGCUACACAAGUAGAUACACCAUACCAGACACCAUCGACAAGGUCGACUUCAACCUUAUUACAAGGGAGGGUUUCGCUCCGGCCGAGAUCUUCCGAGAGGAAUUUAUCCUCUGGAGGGACGACCUGAAGGUUCUUCAGGAACCUGCUCUUGGUAAUGGGUUCUUCGGGAAGGUGCUGCAGGGAGAGCUCACUCUAAACGGCCAGCAGAAUAAGGUGGCUGUCAAGACUCACAGGGACAGAGCCACCACGGAGGACAUCCAUCAGUUUCUCAAGGAAGCUGCACUUAUGCAGGACAUCUCGUGCCAUCAUGUGGUUCGUCUGCUGGGUGUGGUGGGAGACUACGCACCUGUCUAUGUCGUGAUGGAACUCAUGCAAGAAGGUGACCUCAAGACAUUCCUCAAUAAUCACCCACCUAACUUCCUCACCUGCCAGGUAUGUCUCCCCUCACCUGCCAGUUCUGCUGGAAACAUUGCUGGAAGCAUUGCUGUAAGCAUUGCUGGAAACAUUGCUAGAAACAUUGCUGGAAACAUUGCUGGAAACAUUGCUGGAAGCAUUACUGGAAGCAUUGCUGGAAGCAUUGCUACAAACUUUGCUGGAAACAUUGCUGGAAACAUUGCAGGAAGCAUUGCUGGAAACAUUGCUGGAAGCAUUGCUGGAAGCAUUGCUGGAAACAUUGCUGGAAAACUGCUGGAAGCAUUGCUGGAAGGGCACAAGGUACUGCCAGUUAAAUGGAUGGCGCCGGAGAGUCUUCAGUUCAGCUUGUACAGUACUCAGAGUGACGUCUGGAGUUAUGGUGUCCUACUCUGGGAGAUGGCAACAAGAGGUGUUACCCCUUACAAGAACCACACUAACGACGAGGUGAUUAGAAUGGUUGUAGAACGCUACACUACGCUGGGUCGUCCCAGGAACUGUCCACAGCCCUUCCAGAGAGUUAUGAGGCGCUGCUGGAGGUACCAGGCCAGGGAGCGUCCAUCAUUUCUUGCCAUUACUAAUUUCUUACUUAAGCACACGUCGACUGAAUACCAGAAACGCUUCGAGAAGGUCUCAUUUUACCAUAGCAGAUCUAGCAACUACUGCAGGUACAAGCGGUCGGAGACGACUGGCUUCAUGUCUGAGUGUGCCCGAGAGAGUGACGAGGACGAUCACUCUAACGACCUGGCACUCCAGUCCUCAUCUGAGGUCAGUGAUGCAGACACUCCUGAGAACGAUUUCGUUACCAGCAGAUCAACCCCUCAUGGCAGCCCUAUAUCAGGAAAGUUUCUCCCGGACAAUGUAUACCUUCUCGGUGUCCAGGAAGGACCUUCAACAGGAACACUAAGGAAGGAGAAGAGCUGCAAGAUACCAACAUCCACGGCAGUGAAGGGAGCGACGGGUUCGCCGCGAAGUGCGCAGGUACUUCCUAUAAUGAUUGUGCCACAAGACGACCGAGAGAUACGCGGAUCACAGCUACAGAUGAGUACAUUAAGCACCCCAGCCAGCAAUGAAAGCUAGGCUUCAAAUGCCUCGUUGAUGCAGACAGCAUACAUAAACAGCAGACAGCAUCCAUAAACAGCAGACAGCAAUCCAUAAACAGCAGACAGCAGUUCAUAAACAUCAUUGCUUAGCUUGACCCAGUGCUUGUCACUCUCAUUUCCUGACUUCCAACAUUCGUUAUCUCCUCCAUUCAAAUGCCUCGCAGAAGCACCCAGACGCCUCGCAGAAGCACUCAGAUGCCUCGCAGAAGCACCCAGACGCCUAGCAGAAGCACUCAGAUGCCUCGCAGAAGCACCCAGACGCCUCGCAGAAGCACCCAGAUGCCUCGCAGAAGCACCCAGAUGCCUCGCAGAAGCACCCAGACGCCUCGCAGAAGCACCCAGAUACCUCGCAGAAGCACCCAGACGCCUCGCAGAAGCACCCAGAUGCCUCGCAGAAGCACCCAGAUGCCUCGCAGAAGCACCCAGACGCCUCGCAGAAGCACCCAGAUACCUCGCAGA